AAUAAAAUUUCCCAAUAGAAAAGUUUUAUCUCCACUCUUGUGACUGUGAGACUGUUAGAGCCCUUAAUGCUAUCGAGGUCUGCACACCAUCGGCUGAGAAAACUGAAGAAGAAAAUAAGAACAAGAGAGGUUGGACAAACAUGAGCAUUGCUGGUCUAGCCCAAAGCAGGGCCAAGUCAAUGCCCCAUUCCGAGCUCUUUCGACCUGUAAAAUCUAUGGAUAUUGACCUUUUUACCCCCACACCGUUCACUGCGACAUGAUGUCUGAGGUACUGGGCUCUCUUGGGGACUACAAUGGAAGCCACUUUUUAGGUCUUUAAAGCAGUAGCCAUGGAAACAAGCUAAUCACUGAUUAAGUUCUUUUGUACAGUAAGGUAUCUUCAGUACCAUAAAUAAGCUUAAUUUUAGUACAAUAAAUAAGUUGCACGAAGUGCUUUGUGGCGUUGGUCAUAAAUGUUUCAGUCUCUGGAAGUAAUAUUGAUUCUGAAUAAGAUAUGAUGAUGAUUGAUGAGAAUGGUGUUCUUCAUACUGAACUCAAAACUGCUUACAAAGAAAACUUAAGUGGUGGUGAUAAUAAUGACUAUGUGAAUGUGAAUUGUUCAAAAAGGAAAAGAGAAAAAGCACCUAGUGUGAUCUCUGAUGUUGCUACUAAAAUGAAAGAAGAUGAAGAUGAGAAAGGGGUUAAAGCAAAAGAAGGUGAGGAAGAGUCAGACAAAACCAGGAAGAGCAAAGGCCUUAAAGGGGCACUCAAAAGUGACGGAUUGAAGAAGUGUUCUGAAGGUUAUGCUAAUAUUGACUUGACCUUGGAGGAGACACCAGACUUGGAAUUCUUACUAUAUCCAGAUCCUGAAUUCAAUGACUUUGACAAGGACAGGAAUGCAGAGCGAUUUAAUGCAGGGCAGAUAUGGGCUGCUUAUGAUUAUCAUAAUGUCAUGCCUAGAUUCUAUGCUUUGAUAAAAAGGGUUUCUUCUCCCGGGUUCAAUGUGCACAUAACCUGGCUAGAGCCGAAGCCAUCAAAUAUGAAUGAAUUAAAAUGGCUUUCGGCAGACUUGCCAUUUUCUUGUGGCGAGUUCAAAUAUGGAUAUUCUGAGAGAACAGUAAAUCGUUUCAUGUUCUCUCAUGAAGUUUCUUGGGGGAAAGGUAGUGGAGGUACUUUCCUGAUAUAUCCGAGAAUGGGGGAGACCUGGGCUCUUUUUAAAAACUGGAAUAUUAAAUGGAGUAGUAAUCCAGCUGUACAUCGUCAGAGUGAAUAUGAUUAUGUUGAAAUUUUGUACGAUUAUGAUGCAGAUGUUGGAGUAGAUGUUGCUCUAUUGAGCAAAGUAAAUGGAUUUGUGAGUGUUUUCUUUCAGAUGGACAAGGUAGGGAGGAAGACAUUUCACAUUCCACCAGGUGAGCUAUUGAGGUUUUCCCAUAUGAUUCCAUCGUAUAAAAUGGAAGGUAAUGGAAGAGGAUUUCCAAAUGGAUCUUUCGAACUUGAUCCUGCUGCUUUGCCUCUAAUUGAUUCCAUGGUGGAGGGGGACAGUGACAUGCAAAUGAUGAUUGACGAGAGUGAUGAUCUUCAGAGUGAACUAGGCACUGACUUUUCUAGAGAGAAAAAUAUACGGAGAUUUUCAUGCCAUAAACAACAGGUCUCUUACAAGAAAAGCUUAAGUCGUGAUGAUGAUGGCUAUGUGAAUGUGAGUCCUUUAAAGAUUGAAAAGGCAAAGACAUCUAAUGUGAUGUCUGAUGUAGCUUCUAGUAUGAAAGAUGAUGAGAAAGGGGUUAAACAGAAAGAAGGUGUACCUAAUCGAGACAAUGCCAAGAAGAGCAAAGAGCUUAAAGAGCCAGUUAAAAUGGAUGGAUUGAAGAAAGGCUUUGAAGGUAAUGCUAGUAUUGAUUCACGCUUGGAGGAGGCCCUGAGGGCCAUGAGGGUUGCUGAGAAGAAGAUGCAAAGUAAGGAGUUUGUGGUGGCUCAAAAGAUUGCUUUGAAGGCCCAACGACUUUAUCCUAAUGUUGAGAAUAUUUCUCAGUUGCUUAUGGUGUGUCAUGUGCAUUGCUCUGCUGCACAGAAAUUAUCAGGGGAUGAGAUGGACUGGUAUGGAAUUCUUCAACUCGAGGAGACAGCAGAUGAGGCAACAAUUAAGAAGCAAUAUCGGAAGUUUGUCCUCCAACUUCAUCCUGAUAGAAACAAGUUGGCUGGUGCUGAAAUCGCUUUUAAACUGAUUGCAGAAGCUCGUUCAAUACUUUUGGACAAAGAUCAACGUCUCUUGCAUAAUGUCAGGCGCAAGUAUUUAAAGAGCAGAAAGCCUGCAACCUUUGUCCCCAAUCAUAAGGCCAAUUGGACCUCAAAUGUGGUUCCAAACAAUAGUAGAAGCAACCUUUUUGGUCUGAAUGCUCAGAAGCAGCAGCCACGAGAAACUUUUUGGACUGUCUGCCCCUAUUGUGCAGUAAGGUACCAGUUCUGUAAAGAUGUUAUUAAUAAAUCUUUUCGAUGUCAUAGUUGCCAGAAGUCAUUUUUGGCAUGUGACCUAAAUGCACCAAAUAGUAAAUCUGUAUUCCCUACACAAAAAGGCAGUACGCACAAAGGGAAAGCACAAGUCUGUCCUAACUUUGGCACCGGAAAUUUGAAUGCAGAAUUAGUACACAGAGCCAGGAAGAGUGAAGAACCUAAAGAGCCAGUUAAUGUAGAUGGAUUGAAGAAAAGUUCUGAAAGUAGUGCUAAUACUGAUUCAAGCCUUGAGGAGAUGUCAUACGAGGAAUUCUAUAAAUAUUGUGAUCCAGAUUUUAAUGACUUUGAAAUGGAGAGGAAAGCAGAGUGUUUUGCCGUAGGGCAGGUAUGGGCUGCUUAUGAUAUUUUUAAUGCUAUGCCACGAUUCUAUGCUCAGAUCAGAAGGGUAUCUUCUCCCAAGUUCAGUGUCCACCUAACUUGGUUAGAGCCAGAACCAGCUGAUGAGAAUGAAUCAAAAUGGCACUCUUCGGGGAUGCCAUUUUCUUGUGGUAAGUUCAAGUACGGGGAGUCAUUGACAACAGAUGAUUGUCGUAUGUUCUGUCAUAUAGUUUCUUGUGAAAAAGGUAGUCGUAUGAAUACUUUCGUGAUAUAUCCAAGAAAGGGGGAGACUUGGGCUCUUUUUAAAAACUGGGACUUUAGUUGGAGUUGUGAUCCAGCUGCUCAUCGUCAGUGUGAAUAUGAAUAUGUUGAAGUAUUGUCUGAUUAUGCUGCAGAUGUUGGAAUACAUGUUGAUGUAUUGAGCAAAGUAAAUGGGUUUGUGAGUAUUUUCUGUCGGAUGGAAAUGGUGGGAAAGAAGACAUUUCUUGUUCCCCCAGGUGAGCUAUUGAGGUUUUCCCACAUGAUUCCGUCCUAUAAAAUGAAAGGUAAUGAAAGAGGAGUUCCAAUAGGAUCGUUCGAACUUGAUCCUGCUGCUUUGCCUCCAAUUAAACCCAUGACAGUGGAUGGCAGUGACUUGCGAACGAGGCAUUCGGUGCUUCAGCAUGACAGUUCUACCAUUCCUUCUGCUCCAAGCCUAGAACAAGUGGAAAUUCCAGAUACUGAGUUCUACAAUUUCGAUUUUGAUAAAGCCAAACACAAGUUUCAGGUUGGUCAGAUAUGGGCAUUGUACUGUGUUGAGGAUUCCUUGCCAAAAUAUUAUGGUCAAAUCAAGAAAAUUGAUUUUCGCCCAUCUUUCAAACUGCAUAUUAAAUGGCUUGCAUCUGUCUCAUCAUCGAACAUCAUUAGAUGGUCUGAUAAGGACAUGCCUCUUUCGUGCGGUAGAUUUAAGGUUGUCGAUGUUGAGGCUGAGGUUUAUGAUAGUGUAACUUCUUUUUCACAUCCAGUGAAAGCAGAGCUUACAGGUAGAAGAAAUGAGUAUGACAUCCUUCCUAGGAAGGGUGAAAUUUGGGCAUUGUACAGGAACUGGAAUCCCAACCUCCACUGCAGUGACUUGAAAAACUGUGAAUAUGAGGUAGUGGAAGUUCUGUCAGCUACUGUUUUACUAAUAAACGCUUUGUCUUUGGAACGUGUUGAUGGUUUUACCUCAGUAUUUAAGGCUCGAGUGGUGGGAGGAUCAACGUUGUGGAGUAUUCCCAAGGCUGAUUUUUUCAAGUUCUCUCACCAAGUUCCUGCAUUCCGUCUGACCGAAGAGAGAGGUGGUAAGCUUAGAGGCUUCUUUGAACUUGACACCGCUGCCUUACCAAUUCAUUAUUUUCGCUAAACCUGGAUCAAGAGAAUUCCUAUAAUGGGUGCUUUUUAUGAUGGAAAAGCUUUCUGCAGUAUGCAACUUAUUAUUUUGAUCCAUGUUUGAGUUGCAUUCUUGAGAAAGUAGGAUCGUUGGUUCUCUUUGUUGCAAUGAAAGGUUUAUGUACUGAUCCUUAGUAUUUCCAUCUGAAGGUCACACGUGUCAUUUAUUUAAAUGUGUAACUCUUGUUUUAUAUAUUUUCCUUAAACUAAACUCCCUUUUUUUGUAUAAUUAAUUCAGAUUAAUAUGAAAUAAAUAUAUUAAUAUAGCC